AUGUCUCUGAUUCCGAGUUUCUUCGGCGGUCGUCGGAGCAACGUGUUCGACCCGUUUUCACUGGACAUCUGGGAUCCAUUCGAAGGCUUCCCUUUCUCCGGCGCCGUCGCGAACCCUCCGUCCUCCGCCAGAGAAGCCUCGGCGGUGGCCAACGCGCGGAUCGACUGGAAGGAGACGCCGGAGGCGCACGUGUUCAAGGUGGAUGUCCCCGGAUUGAAGAAAGAGGAGGUCAAGGUCGAGGUGGAGGAUGGUUCUGUGCUGCAGAUUAGUGGGGAGCGGAGCAAGGAGCUGGUGGAGAAGAACGACAGGUGGCACCGUGUGGAGAGGAGUUCCGGCAAGUUCCUCCGCCGUUUCCGGCUGCCGGAGAAUGCCAAGCUUGAUCAGGUGAAGGCGGCUAUGGAGAACGGCGUGCUGACGGUGACGGUGCCGAAAGAGGAGGUGAAGAAGCCUGAGGUCAAGGCAAUCGACAUCUCUGGUUAGGAAAGAUUAACAGAAAAUUCCACAGUAAUGAAACUUCCCAAAGAUUUUACAACAGCAGCAAAUACUCGACCAAGUUCUGCAAGGACCCGUACGAAGAUCCACCAGGCUCAAUCUCCUCCCUUCUAAACCCAUCCUCCAAUUCCAAACGUGGCACACGUACCGUGCAUUCACCAACUGAUCCGUAAAGCACGGGCUGCAAAUCAUCGGCACCCCUUCAUAAAUGCUCUCCAACCGAAUAAAUGCUCUCCAACCGAAGGAUAUGACAGCACUUUCAUCCAACAAAAUCUUUUUCUUCUAUUGCUGCAAUACUGCCGAUAACCGAGUCAGGAGGUUGUUUGUGGAGCCACGAGAUUGAACUGUGGUCUUCUUCGAAUAAACUGCUACUUGAAGAGGCUGGAAAGUGGAAAGUGCUUGUGAAAUGGACCGAAUGGGAAGAUUGGGAUUUUGAAGUCCACGCGAAGUUUUUCGAUUACCGAGUACUCGAGAUCUUGCAAGGAGUUAAAGUUUAGUCCGGACGAAGCCUUGGUUUGUUCUACCAUGGCUUGCACUAGCUCAUACUGUUUCUCUGGAUGAGAUGUUCCGAUUAUAUUGGGAUAUCCUUGAUUCCAAGUGGAGGAAGCUCCUCUACCGGAUCUUCCAGCUUCUUCU